AUGCAAGUGAGCUUUAUCAACAAUCAGCUAAAAUCCCGGGGGAUCAUUGCAGAAAGCUUAAGUUUAGAAAAUGUUGAUAACAGUGAUGAUAUUUUAACUUGUAUUAGAACCCGUCUUGAAGAAAUAGAUAGUGUUCAUGAUACAAUCGAGCAAGUGCGCCGGGAUAUUCAGCGCGCAGAAGCUGAUAAUGCAAUCAAGCUCCGGGAGAUCAAACACAUGGAGUUCCAACAACGGCAAAAUGAGAGUCUGUAUACAAGGUUUGGAUUCGAUCUGGAAGUGUUGGAGUACCGCAAGGAUGCGCUGCUGAACGAAAGAAAGCAAGUCAAACUCGAGUGUCAGGAAACAGCGAUUGAGUUGAAUGCCCUCAAGGCUCGUUGCUCAUUCGAACUGGAACAAGCGGAAAACAUGGAAGCUCCUAUUAUGCAAGUUUCUUCUCGAGGGGGGUUUUUCAGCGUCCCCGGGCCGUUAAGUUUGGUCCAUCAAUCUAUUAGACCAGCUACUGCAACACCCCUAGAGUCUGAUAUUAGCGAGUCUUACGAGACACGAGAAAUCGAACUAAACAAUGAGAUAUGCAGACUAUAUGAUUUCAUCUGGAAGCAAGUUCCCGAAAUAUCGACGAUAGUUGCCCAGGUCAAAUAUCCUUCCAUCGACGACUUGAAAACCGUAGUUCGGUCGAUGCUUGACAUGCUCGAGAAAAACCACAUGCGGCCGAGAGCAAGCAACAAAGACAGUUUCGAGAAUGUGCAGACCCAAAUUGACAAGCUCAACGAGGAGCACGAUGCUCAACAGCUGGAACUGAAUAUGCUUCAAACUCGAUCAAGCUAG